GCAACGUGACUGGUCCGCGUGUGUCACCAGCACAUCUCCCAGUAUGCCGUCUCAAAGAGGUUAUCAGUCCGGAGGGACGUACUUGAUAGCUGCGUCUCAACGAGAUAUAAGAAGCUUGCUCUUUCGUUGGCCGCCAACACUGGCCUUUCGUCAGCUUCACUGCCCCGUAUACGUGACACACCCCAUCUGACCCUGGUCAACAUGCUCUUUGCUCUUCAAAGCGUUGCCCAGGCCGCUCGCCCGCUGCCGCCCAACUGGAACCCCACUGACAUAUCCGACUACGAGGCGCUCAUAGAACAACCGCAGUUGCAACCUUCAAGGUCUACGCGGCCGCAUGAGAAUGCACGAGCUUGUUUUUUUCACAGUCCACGGUUGAUUAUUGAAGACUUGCCAGCUUACCAAGCGCAGCCAUGGUAUCCGGGUCAACUCUACGCGGAUUCGCGUCCUUCGCCGCAACAACCUCCGCGAGGCGGAAGCAGCAAUGCAGGCUCACCAAGAAUUAUGGACAGGCAAAUGGGGCUUGUAUUGGCGCCUCCAGACUAUCGACGUGCUCAGCAAGCAUGGAUUGAGGAGUACAGUAACAAGCUUUCGAACAAACCAUCCAAAAUCUCGAAUUUCUUCUUGGGCCGCGUGAAGGCGCAAGAUAGACAAACCAGAAAGAACGCCCAAGCGGCAGACGCGGUGCAGCGCGCCCACGAUGCUUGGCUGCGCAUCGGCGUCGACACAAGACAGAUUGAGCAGCAGGGAGGCAAAUUGCCGCCUUUCUUCCUCAAUGUGCCACAGAAAAAUUGCGAAGAAUGGCACGAUGAGGUCGUAAGGCUUAUCGGUUGAUGGACGUGCUCGCUUGGGCUUAACGAUUGGAGGCCUGCUGCUGCCUUGAAGCAACCGCCUAUGAUGUCCUUGUUUGAAACCUUUCUUGGCACGUCUUGUGACACCCAUCAAACUGCUUUGACUCGUGUCGGAAUACCCAGCCCAGAAUGUAUUCGUUCGAAUCAUCCUCUUGCACUCAUUCAUUGGGUCAAAUGCCAGAGCUGACAGGGCCACGUCGAGGACCGAUUGGUCACCAAAUCUC